CCACCGCGGGCCCGCUGCACUGUGGGUAGGCGGCGGCCGCCCUGAAGAGCCCGCGGCGGCAGCGGCGGCGGCGGCGGCCGCACUCGCACUGAGGAGCCCGCGGCGGAGCGAGGCUGCGCGCGCCGAACAUGGCUGAGAAGCAGAAGCACGACGGGCGCGUGAAGAUCGGACACUACGUGCUGGGCGACACGCUGGGCGUCGGCACCUUCGGCAAAGUGAAGAUUGGAGAACAUCAAUUGACAGGCCAUAAAGUGGCAGUUAAAAUCUUAAAUAGACAGAAGAUUCGCAGUUUAGAUGUUGUUGGAAAAAUAAAACGAGAAAUUCAAAACCUAAAACUCUUUCGUCAUCCUCAUAUUAUCAAACUAUACCAGGUGAUCAGCACUCCAACAGAUUUUUUUAUGGUAAUGGAAUAUGUGUCUGGUGGUGAAUUAUUUGACUACAUCUGUAAACAUGGACGGGUUGAAGAGGUGGAAGCAAGGCGGCUCUUUCAGCAGAUUCUGUCAGCUGUGGAUUACUGCCAUAGGCAUAUGGUGGUUCAUCGAGACCUGAAACCAGAGAAUGUGCUGUUGGAUGCUCACAUGAAUGCCAAGAUAGCCGAUUUUGGAUUGUCUAAUAUGAUGUCAGAUGGUGAAUUUCUGCGAACUAGUUGUGGGUCUCCAAAUUAUGCAGCACCUGAAGUCAUCUCAGGCAGAUUGUAUGCAGGUCCUGAAGUUGAUAUCUGGAGCUGUGGUGUUAUUUUAUAUGCCCUUCUUUGUGGCACCCUCCCAUUUGAUGAUGAGCAUGUACCUACAUUAUUUAAGAAGAUCCGAGGGGGUGUUUUUUAUAUCCCAGAAUAUCUCAAUCGUUCUGUUGCCACUCUUUUGAUGCAUAUGCUGCAGGUUGAUCCCCUGAAACGAGCAACCAUCAAAGAUAUAAGAGAGCAUGAAUGGUUUAAACAAGAUUUGCCCAGUUACUUAUUUCCUGAAGACCCCUCCUAUGAUGCUAACGUCAUUGAUGAUGAGGCUGUGAAAGAAGUGUGUGAAAAAUUUGAGUGUACAGAAUCAGAAGUAAUGAACAGUUUAUAUAGUGGUGACCCUCAAGACCAGCUUGCAGUGGCUUAUCAUCUUAUCAUUGACAAUCGGAGAAUAAUGAACCAAGCCAGUGAGUUCUACCUCGCCUCUAGUCCCCCAUCUGGUUCUUUUAUGGAUGAUAGUACCAUGCAUAUUCCCCCAGGCCUGAAACCUCAUCCAGAAAGGAUGCCACCUCUUAUAGCAGACAGUCCUAAAGCGAGAUGUCCAUUGGAUGCACUGAAUACAACUAAGCCCAAAUCUUUAGCUGUGAAAAAAGCCAAGUGGCAUCUUGGAAUCAGAAGUCAAAGCAAACCGUAUGACAUUAUGGCUGAAGUCUACCGAGCUAUGAAGCAGCUGGAUUUUGAAUGGAAGGUAGUGAACGCAUACCAUCUUCGUGUAAGAAGAAAAAAUCCAGUGACUGGCAAUUAUGUGAAAAUGAGCUUACAACUUUAUCUGGUUGACAAUAGAAGCUAUCUUUUGGACUUUAAAAGCAUUGAUGAUGAGGUGGUGGAGCAGAGGUCUGGUUCUUCAACACCUCAGCGUUCCUGUUCUGCUGCUGGCUUACAUAGACCAAGAUCAAGUUUUGAUUCUGUAACUGCAGAGAGCCAUUCACUUUCUGGCUCUCUCACUGGCUCUUUGACUGGAAGCACAUUGUCUUCAGUUCCACCCCGUCUAGGCAGUCACACCAUGGAUUUUUUUGAAAUGUGUGCCAGUCUUAUCACUACUUUAGCCCGUUGAUGAUGUUUCUUUAGUUUCUGUCUUUCUGUUAUAGCACUGUGAAAAUCAGAUAGAUUCUUAAAAUUAUUAUUUUACUUAUGGAUAUCAUACACUCUGGAAUACUGAUGGAGAGUCGUGAGUAUUUCCAGGGGACACUCAAUGCCAUUGAAAUUAUUGAAAAUAAAAAACUCCGACAUUUUAUUUACAUAUAGACGUCUGUACUUCUGAUAAAUUCAUAGAGGCAGUAUCUUUAAUUGGUGAACAUUGAUGAAGAGUAUUGUUACUUUAAAAUUGUGAGUUCACUACAGAUGAUUAAUACACCUUCACUGGUGAGUCAUCUCAGUCAAAGGGUGGUUUGGCAAUACCUCUUUGCUCUACUAUUUAGUGUAGGUAAAUCCAGUUUAUUUCCUAAAGUUCAGCAGGCUUUAAGCUGUGUUAUGCACCCAGUCUUCUUGCACAAGAUUAAGAAAAAAUUAACACAGCCAUUAGUAAGAUGGUAUUUAAAUGUUGAAAUCUUAAAGGCUGGCCCCCAGAAUUUCAGAAGCCAGGUUCUUCUAGUAGUUUUAGGUUUUGAAAAUACUGCCUAGUGUUUAACAGAAGAGUUGUGGUCCUGAAACAGAUAACUGGUUUCCAGGUUCCUUAAAAACAGCUUAUAA